AAAGAUGAGUUCUGUGAAUAUCGGAACCUGGCCUCGUCCCAACCAAAGAACCAGAUCCAUUCCCGCAACUCAAAACCCCUCUCUUCACGCUCUCAAAACGCUUCCCAUUUUCCCCAAACGACGAAGAGCAAAGUUAAUCUAUUCUUUUUCUCCUAUCUCUGUCUCUGCAGUGCUUGCUAAGGAAGACACUGUGAGAGACGAAGAAAUUCAAGACUUCGAUUUCAAGGCUUACAUGAUCCAAAAAGCCAACACAGUAAACCAAGCCUUGGACCAAGCUAUUUCGCUGAAGGAUCCAGAGAAGAUCCACGAGGCCAUGCGCUACUCCCUCCUCGCCGGCGGCAAGCGUGUCCGCCCGGUGCUCUGUAUCGCCGCCUGCGAGCUCGUCGGCGGCAGAGAAGAAACCGCAAUCCCCGCCGCCUGCGCCGUCGAGAUGAUCCACACCAUGUCGCUGAUUCACGACGACUUGCCCUGCAUGGACAACGACGACCUCCGGCGAGGAAAACCGACCAACCACAAGGUCUUCGGCGAGGACGUGGCGGUCCUCGCCGGCGACGCCCUGCUGGCGUUGGCGUUCGAGCACGUGGCGGUGUCGACGAAGGACGUGUCACCGGCGAGGGUGGUUCGUGCGAUUGGGGAGUUAGCGAAGUCGAUUGGUAAGGAAGGUCUUGUUGCGGGGCAAGUUGUGGAUAUAAAUUCUGAAGGGUUGUCGAAUGUGGGUUUGGAGAGACUCGAAUUUAUCCAUCUACACAAAACGGCAGCGUUAUUGGAAUCUUCGGUUGUGUUGGGAGGGAUAGUGGGUGGUGGUUCGGACGAGGAAGUGGAGAGGUUAAGGAAGUUUGCCAGGUCGAUUGGGUUGUUGUUUCAGGUUGUGGAUGAUAUUCUUGAUGUUACUAAGUCGUCUGAGGAUUUGGGGAAGACUGCGGGGAAGGACUUGGUCGCCGAUAAGGUCACAUAUCCUAAGCUUUUAGGGAUACCCAAAUCUAAGGAAUUUGCUGAUAAAUUAAUCAGUGAUGCAAAGGAACAGUUGAGGGGGUUUCAUCCGGAAAAGGCAGCUCCAUUGUUUGCUUUAGCCAAUUACAUUGCUUACAGGCAAAAUUAA